GCCGGGCUGGGCCGGGCCGGGCUGGGGGCAGCGAGGAUGGAAGGCGGUGCGUACGGAGCUGGCAAGGCUGGGGGCGCCUUCGACCUCCAGACCUUCAUCCGGCAGCCCCACACCGUGCUGCGCCUGGUGUCCUGGGUAUUCACCAUUGUUGUCUUUGGGUGUAUUGUGAAUGAGGGCUACCUGAACGACUCGGAUGAGGGUAAAGAGUUUUGCAUCUUCAACCGAAAUAGCAAUGCUUGCAACUAUGGAGUCACUGUGGGUGUUCUGGCCUUCCUCACCUGUGUCCUCUACCUGGCCUUGGAUGUCUACUUCCCUCAGAUCAGCAGCGUCAAAGACCGGAAGAAGGCUGUGAUCUCCGACAUUGGCGUCUCGGCCUUCUGGGCGUUCCUCUGGUUUGUAGGUUUCUGUUUCUUGGCCAAUCAGUGGCAGGUCUCCAAACCUGAGGACAACCCUAUGAAUGAGGGAACAGAUGCGGCUCGAGCUGCCAUCACCUUCUCCUUCUUCUCCAUCUUUACUUGGAGCAUGCUGGCGAUCCUGGCCUCCCGGAGACUCAAGGCUAUCACCUUUCAGGAGGAGUACAGCCAGCUCUUCCCCACACCUCUUCCACCUCAGCCAUAAUUGCCCUCCUCACAGCUGCCUGACCUCCCCAGUCCCCAGGACAGUUGUAAUCCAGACCUCUGUGACCCUGGCUUGGGGUUUGAGGUUAGGGGGGGUUGGAGAGGCAAGGGAAGGGCAGGGGCAGAAGUCGUCACAAAGAGGGGUCAGAGAGAAGUUGACUUGCUCCUUUCAGCUUUGAGUUUUGACUAAUAGGAUGUCCAAAUCUAAUCCUUAGUGGGUUCCAGGGUCCAGCACCCAUCCCUGCUGGGUAAAGGUUUCUGUUUCCUCAACUCGCCAAGGGAUGAUCAAGCCCUGGAGAGAGGAUUCACAAUGACUGAAUUCCAGAGGGCCAGUCUGUCCAAGAGGAUGGCCAAGCAGGCUGAAAUAUGGGUGACAGCUGGUCAGGGUCCUUGGGAGACUGAAUGCAGAUCAGUGCUUGGUGAGGAUGGAGUCAGAGCAAAGGAGGUGCCACAGAUGGAUGUUACCCAGCCCCAGUAGCCUGAGGCACUGUGAACCAUCCAUUCAUGCCUGGCAUCACAGCCACGGGGUGGACCAGAAUUCCCUCUACCCUGGACAAUGGUGGAUAAACAUCUGAUACCUUCUCUUUCUUCAUCUCUUCUUGUUGUUUAGACUGUGCAGACCCUCCUAACCUCCGGGGGCAGUUCACCCCUACAUACUAGACUCCAUGAUUCCUCUUCUAUUGAUUACUUUAUGGAGCUUACACUGAAAUCAUCGUGUGUCCCCCCACCCCAGUCUGAGGGAAGCACCUUUCUCCUAUCACUGACACCUCUCCCAGGCCUCUCUUUGGUUUAGUCAUCGGCGGGGAACGCUUCCCCUCAGAACUACAGCAGCAAUUGUUCCCCACAAAGGGCUGCUCCACAGGAGGGGCUUGUAUCACUCCCCAACUGCCCUGGGUGAAGGCCACGAGGGAGGGCCUUUAGGAAACUUACAGUCUGGGAAGGGGCUGAGAUGCCCAAUCCACAUUCCAUGAAAAGGGCUUCAGCCCUUGCUGCCCUCUGGACAAAGGAAAGAGAGCUCAGGAAUGCCAGACCAGGGCAUUUGGGAGCCUCCCCCCCCCCCCAAGUGAGGCAGCCCAACCUCCAGGAAUCCCUCCUCCAGACUCUUGGAGAAUCUUAGGCAACAGGGAGCUCGCUCUCUCUGAGGUAGCCUGUUCUGCUUUUGGACAGCUCUAAGGCUUAGGAAGUCUUCCUUCUCGGUGGUAGUCUGUCCUUUGCUCCUCGUUGCAGCCUCUGAGUCUUUCUAUAGGACAGAUUUGCAGGUACUCCUAUCGUGUCCCCUCUGUGCUAAACACUCUUGGUGCUUUUGGAUGAUCUGGCUCUAAUGUUCGCGUUGGCUGCUGAAGGGACCCUCUUCCAUCUUUGUGACAUGCUCUGCCUUUCUGGGAGAUGCUGACAGUCUUUCCCUCUGCCCCAGGGACAAACACCCUCCAGCCAUGGCCGCUCUUCCUUGCUUUCUCUUUAUCCAUGUUCUUGUGAACGUUAGGAGCCCGACAAUUUCUCUCCUGCCUGCCCCAGACUUCCUGCCCACAGACGGUCUCCGGCUGAGCUUCCUGGCUGGGAGGGAGGGAGGUUACUAAGGACACAAAACCCCAGGAGCAUCUCUUUGGGACCUUUCUAGGAUCCUCCAAGUCAGGUUGGGCAAGGAGGAAGCCAUCUGUCUUCCUUAACUCUCUUUAGCAUCAGGCAGCUUGCCCCGUGGGUACAGAAACCAUUCAGGGCUUGGCUGUCCAAAGUCCUCUGGAUCGAUUGGGGCUUCAGCUACUGGGCAGUCAUCACGCCCACUCAUUUCCCCAGAACGUCCCUCAUUUCCCAGGGCUAUUGGGGACAGCCUGGGACCCUUUGCCAUGACAAGGCCUUUCAACAUUUUCCUUCAAGCUGGGCUUAUUUCUUUCCGGUCUCCUGGCUUGUGGGGUCAAGAUUCAGUGUGGUGUGCCGCCAGGCUGUUAUUCUUCUCUUAGAUAGUGACUUGGCCUGGGACGAUCAUUCCUAUCUAACGGCACAAAUCUGAAUUCUGUCACGAAAAGCAGCAUCUGAACUUGCCUCCAGCCCGGCCCCCGGCCCUCUGGUGGCAUGAGAGGGGAGCAAAGGGAAGAGGCCCUUCUUGCUGAGGACCCAAGAUCCAUUGGGCGGCUCCUUCUCAGACUUCUCUCAGAAUGGGGUGAACAGUCAUAAUAAUGUCACAUUGCAGAGCGUGGUCAGGCUUCCUAGAACGAUUGUCUCCCAACGGUGCUUUCAUGGAAGUACCGUAAAUAAUAGUGUCCCCGUUCUACAGAUGAGGAAAGAGGUAAAGAGAUGGCAAAACUUCCUUGACCUGUUGUUUCUGCCAUGCUCCCACACUGCCCUGGACCGGAAGGCUGGCUGGUUGCGAUGGCUCAUUCCAGGAGGCAGGCGUCUUCAUCCAUCACUUCUGCUCUCCAUUAGGCCCUGAUUGGUUAUGUUCUGGACGCUAACCCUUCAGAGUAGCAUGUGCAUGGACUAACCAUUAACACUGACUAACCUGGCUUUUAUCUGUGUGUCUCCUCUCUUUCCUGGUGUUCCCUCUUCCCACCCUCCUGCCUUUGGCCUUUGUCCACUCCCUCCCAAGGUUGGCCAGGCGGUGCUGGCCUUCCAGAGGUACCGGAUCGGCGCCGACUCGGCCCUCUUCUCCCAGGACUACACGGACCCAAGCCAGGAUUCGAGCAUGCCUUAUGCCCCCUAUGCCAAUGAGCCGGAGGCUGGACCCGACAUUGGUGGCUCCUACCAGCAGCCUGCCAAUGCCUUUGAUGCUGAGACCCAGGGCUACCAGACACAGGGGUACUAAACUAGUUACGGGCCCUUCCCCAAGUCCCUUCUGGCCCCCGUGUUCACUCCCCCUUGACUUCUCCACUUCGGUGGCCGGAGGCAAAGAAAGACACUCCCAUUGCCUUCUCCCUCCUAAGCCCCCAGCCCCAGCUGUUUUACAUAGAUACUCUCACACACUCACACUCACACUCACACUCACACACACACUCACACACACACACACACACACUCUCCAUACUCACUGUUCUCUCCCGAUCCUUGACCUUCUCUCCCCUCGAUGAAUGGAGUCUAUUUCCAUCACGCUGAGGUGUGUGUGUGUCCUGCCCCCCUCAAAUUUUACUAGAAAUGUCUCUGAAUUCCACCUGGGUCCUAGGGGUGGAGAAAGCAACAAUAUCCAGGGGGCUUGACCAUCCAGGGAGAGAAUGAUGGUGUCACCCCGAGGGGCAAGUGUGUGUGAUCGAGGGGGAGGAAUGGGUGUGUGUGUGUGUGUGUGUGUGUGAACGUGUCUUUGUGAAUGGGUACAGUCACUGGGAGCAAGUGUAAGUACAUUGGGAGAAGAAAGCUUUAUAAGUUUGUCUGGGAGUGUCCAAAGGGGGUCCCACUGGCAGGAGGCUCAGGUGUGUUGGGGGAGGGCAGUAGAAUGAUAAGAGCUCUGGGUUCCAGGGAGAGAAGACCCGGGUUCCAGGCUUUGGUUAAAGUUCUCCUGUCUGUAAAAUGAAGGCUUGGCCUUGAUGCUUGCCCCCUUAGGUCACUCAGGCUCAGAUGUUUGGAGAGGUAGGACCUGGGACGCCAUCCCAGCUCCUUUUCCAGGGUUUUGGUGCUGUGGGGCCCUUUCAGUGUUAUUGCCAUUUCUGGGGUCAUCCUCGGCUCAGAUGGGAAAGCUCAGCAGGUCCAGCACCAGAGCCCAUCCCAGCUUAGGGGAUCUCUGCUGGUCUGCGUGUCCUCUUGGCCCAGUGCUUUCCAGAUCAGCCCAUCUCCCCAGCUCACUGAACUCAAGGGUACGGGGACGUCGGGCUUCCCGCCCCAUAAUGCUUCCCAUGGGAGAUGGAGUGGGGGUGGAAUGCCCCUAAAAGGAGCUCCCAUCCCCCUUUUUUCCUGCAGGUCCUAUCAUCCAUGAGUGACCCAGUUGUAGAUCCCACAAUCCAAUGGGAACAGCUAGGCACUGCCUGGGCCUCCUUCCCCCUGGAAAACUAGACCAGCCUUCUCCAUUCCAUGUUUCCACCCAUCCCCAACCUGAGCCACUCCUGCCCCCACCGGCCCGUGAAUCCAGCUCAACAGCCUAUUUUUGCGUCUUCAAGGCCUACGGUUGGAAAGGCCCUUUCACAUUAAGUCCAUCUCCACUCAUUUAAGCCAUCCCAUACAGAUGUUGUGGGCCAGUCUGGCCUGCUUUCAUAUGGCCAGACUAUAAAUAGCCCGGUGCAGAGAUCAUUGAUAUUCUGAAUCAAUCCAUCAUUCACUAAACUUUUCUAAAACAUCUUUCCUGGGGUGACAUCCAAGCCGAGGAAGAGCUCAUGACAUUUCCUGGGGUGACAUCCAAGCCGAGGAAGAGCUCAUGACAUGGUCCCAUGAACCGUGGGUGGGGAGAACUUUUUUUGUUAUUGGAUGGUAAAGGGAGCUCUGAGUAAGACUUCCCUCCUUACAUUGGGGGAGGGAGAAAAUGGAGACCGGUAUAUGCCGCUUAGUCAGAGAGCUCUGCCUCAGGCCUUGAGGGUUAAGAAAUUUGCCCUGGAUCACAAAAUGUAUGUUAGAGGAGGGACUUGAACCCAGGUCUAGACUACAGGGCUGGUAGUCUAGACCUCCCUCACCUGCUGUCCAAGGACAAAGAGCUUGUGGGUUUCCCUGUUCUGCCUCAGCAUCCCAGAGAGCUCAUCCACACCCUCUGGUAUAAUCCCCCUUUUGUUGGGAUUUGGAAGUGUCCACUUUCUGACUGCUCCUCCUCAAAUCUUUGGAGGCACCUGAGGCCCAGAGAAGUCAGAUUAAUGGGCCCCAUGUCACACAGCAGAUGGUAUAAAGUUGAGGAGAGGAAGGGGAAGGGCAGUCUGGGCUGGCUGGCACUGACCAUCUGGUUCCCAUGUCCACAGAUAGGCCUUCGUUUUAGGGAAGCCUUAGGGUCCACUGAACAUCAGAUGGGCUUCCUCUAGCUACCAGACUGCCCAAGAAAGGAACAAUAGAGGUGGAGAAACCCAUCCAAGCAGAGGACAUCUGUAGCCUUUCCCCAACGCUGGAGAAGUCAUGGGAUAGAUGAUAGAAGAAGGCGGCCAGGAGGAAAGGGGCUACAAACCAUGGCCUGUUUAGAUCAGUCAAAGGAAGUGGGGAGAAAAGAAAACUUGGGAACCGAUGGAAGUCCUCUUCAAAUAUCUGAAAGGCUGUUUUGGGGAAGAGGAAGUCAAGGAUGGUAGUGAAAAGAGCCCUGGAUUUGGAGUCGGAAGACAUGAGUUCUCAUCUUACUUUUAAAAUCAAAGCCCCCCAAAUAGGCUAUAUUUCCAUUCAUUGCUCCUAAUUAGUUCAUGGACCCAUAACAUUUUGACUUGAAAGAGACAUUAAAGGUCAUCCGAGUCAUUGUAAAUUUAGAGUUAGAAGAGACCUCUGAGGCCCUCCUGUCCAAGUAGGAUGGUCUAUUUCCGGAGAUAGUGAACCUUUCGAAGGCUGCUGUGUGCAAAGGCCAUGAUAGAGGUAGGAGGAGGAUUUGAUGCCACUUGAAGUCCUUUCCAUCUCAAAGAUUUUUUUCUGCUUCACCAGUAACUCGUUGGGUGGCUUUGGACAAGUCAGUUUCCUUCUCUUAAGGUCUAGUUUCCUCAUCUAUAAAUUGGAGGAUUUGAACUGUCCUCACCUCCUGGAAUGUUGUGAAGCCCAAAUGAGGUAAAAGGUGUGGAAAACACUCAAAAUGAUGUUCAUCUGAGAGUCAAGGGGAACUUCUCUCCCUGCACCUCUACCCUCCCCCCAUCCCAUGAUCACCUCCAGUGAGGCCAACAGGACCUUGUACUUGGGGGCAGAAUUCCUGGCUUUGAUCCUCCUGACACUGCUUACUGUCCAGGAGACAAAGCCAUUAGCCUCUGGGGGCUUCAGCUGCCUCAUCCAACCUGAAGGCAAGGUGCUAGACCAGAGGAUUCUGGGCAUCCCCUCCAAGCUCUAAGAGUUAGGACUCCUUUGAGUUAAAGUUUGUCCUCAAUCUGAUGGGGGCUAAGGGGGAAGGGGAUGCUUAAAGGUAAUCAUUUUCCUUCCUUGCCAGAUUCCAACUCCUCAUCGCCCUAUUCCACCCUCAAUUCCAGCCAGGAUCUCCCUAUUCAAUCAUGACCAACCCCUCUUUUAUAAAUCCCUGCUAGCCAGUCAGCCCCAGCUGACUGAGAGCUCCCCUCUUCUAGGCAUCUAGAGGAGGUUUCUCUCACUUAGCUCCCAGGAGUCUCUGAGGGGCCUCAGAUUUGUAGGUUUCCUGGGGUGCCUCUAGCAGGUCCAAGUUUUCCAAGAGGACUAUGAUGUCCUGAUACUCUUAUUUCCUUUGAUGUGAGCCCAAGGUUUUCACCUCCUAGCCUGCCUUCUGCCAUCCCUAUCUCAGUGUUUUCUCACUUUCAAAGUAUCUCUAGGUCCUUGCUGCUCCCUAGACCUCCCUCAACUCACCAAGGGCCCCCAGUCCUUUCCCCUCCUUAGACCUUGCUUUUCUGUCCUGGUCCUGGCUGGAUCUGAGUCCAAGAAUCUUUCAUGGAAAACAGAAGGUGUCCCCAGGGGCUUCUUUGGGGCAAUGUUCAUCACUAAAAGAAUUGUGGGAGGAUAGGCACCAGUCCCUCUGCCUCCCAAUGCUGCCCCUUCUGACCACAUCCUUGGGGUGUCCCCAAUCCCAUUCUCACCCCUGCAGCAUUACUGCCUGUGUAUAGUAUAAAUAUCUAUAUUUUCUAUAUAUAAGAUGUAUAAUAUAAGGCUAUACAAAUAUAUGUGGGGGGUAUGGCUGUGUGUGUGAGUGGAUGUGAGCGUGCUAAAGGAUGGUCAGCUCCAGGUGAGCUCUCCCCAGUGUAUCCAGAUCCCUUCCUUGCCCACCAACCCUUGGCCACCUGUCUGGUUGCCUGAGAGGGACUCUCAGACCUUGUGUUGGCUACAUCCUGUAUAUUUGUGCUGAUCCAAAUGAUGGUGGUGACUCCUGGUGAUAUAUCAAUAAAGUGAUGUUCCAAACCCA